UUAUAGUAACAGUGUGGCCAUAGAGUGGUAUCGAUUUCUAUUGGCUGCGUCAACCGACGCCAUGUUUCCUCCAAAUUUAAAUGUUUACUAUCUAUCUACAUCUGUAUUUGCUGCUUUUUGAAAGUUUCUUGCGUAGUUUUGCGAUAAUCUGUGAAGUCUGUUCGGAAUUUAAACUCUAGCAUAUUAUCGCUUACUGAUUUUUCGGCAUUGUGCUUGUUUAAAAACGUAAAGACAUAAACUUGGUGUUGACGUGGUGCAAAAAUUAUGGUUGGCUGUUCUGCAUUUAGGUGCAAAAAUAGAUCCGAGCAAGGUUUCCUGAUGAAAGUGUUUCCGAGAGAUCCUGAACGAAGGAAACAAUGGGAAGCAAAAGUGAAGCGAGACAACUGGAUACCCACGAAUAAGUCGUACCUUUGCGAGGUUCAUUUUGAACCUGAGAUGUGGGAGAAAACGAGAGAAGAUGGGUCAAGAAAACUGAAAUUAAAUGCAGUUCCUACAAUAUUUAGUUUCACUAAACCUAAACCCAAAAGAAAACCUCCUGCAGAACGUAAAUGUAUAGGUUCUCAAAGAAGGAAACUCACGUCAUCAAGUUUCGAUGACUUUCCAGUACCAUCCCUUGAAACCGUUGCAGAACCUACAGUAGGGCCUUCUUCUGUUAAUUCAUCAAAACGGGAAGAUGAAAUAAAAAAAUAUCAACAAGUUUACAAAAAAACCCUGGCACGUGCUGUUAAACAGAAAAAUGAACUUCGAAAGUUGAAGCGCAAGAUUAAUACAAUGACACGUGAAAAUGCAGAAUACAUUAAGGAUCUAGAAAGUUUACAAUUGUUACAGAAAGUCUUUAAUAAUGAUCAAAUUGAAGCCCUACGGAGAUCUUCCACAAGAUUUAGAAGGUGGUCUAAUGCUACUGUAACAAAGUCUCUUAAGUUAAGAUUUGUGUGUGGUACGUCAGGGUAUGAAGAGCUUCUAAAACAACAUAUACCUUUACCAUCCUUACGAACCGUUCGAAGAAGAUUAGAAGACAUUCAUUUUCAACCUGGCACACUUCAUGAGGUGGGGCACGAUUAUGCUAGGGACACCAGGUACGCCAAGGCCGCUAUCAGCCCCUGCGGAAUGGAGAUGUGA